ACCCCAGUGUGUAAGGGGAGCUGAGCUAACAGAAGGACUGUGGACACCUGCAGUCACUGAAAACAACAGCGGGAGCUGAAGUGAGGCAGGAGGUUGGGAUGAACUGGACCGUUCAGCUGGUCCCUGUGCGAUUCUCUAUCAUCUGUGAAUGAUGAUGAGACUGCAGCCUUGCGGAAUGGACUAAACUGUGCCCCCCACCCCCCCCCCCCCCGGUCUGGCUGCCGCACGGUAUUUUGACAGCUCUUGGAAAUGAGGUGUUGGAAAGAAGAUUUAAACUGUGGCUCAGACCGUUAGGUUCGCAGCCCGAUCAACCUGGAGGUGCUUUACUGUGAGAUUCCGUUCCUGAGUGCGAGAAAUUCCUGGCCAGCAUUGAGACUAGGAAGAAUUUACCAACACGAUUGGUUUUAGUGCUGAGGGAAUAAGGAUUGGAGGUGAAGCAAACCCUGUCUAACCCUGAUUUCCCUGCAGUCUAACGGUAAUUUAUUGGUUGAUGCAUCCACCGAAUCUGCUGUGAAAACCAGGAUCUUAAACGAAGAGGGAUUUAAUCGGAGACCUUUCCUCAACAAUAGCACCCUUCACUGUCUGAUGAACACCCUGUUGAAUCUUUCCAUACGUGGGCCGCAUCCACACUGAGCCUUAAAGAAGUUAUUCCAUUCCACCCCACCAGGAAGACGGAAGUUUGGACGGUGUGAGAAUACGUCUCUCUCUCUCUCUGGUGUGUCGUUCCAAACUAUGUGGAAAAAGAAGUGGGUGGAAGAGAGAGAACAGAGGUGACCUCAGUAGAAUUUUAACAAGUCGAUGGCAACUGCGAGAGAAACAUUCUGGCAUCAAGGUGUAGGAUUGAUGAAGUUUUUGGCCCCCGUGAUAUUGCUUAUCCAGUGCCUUUAGUGUUUAUUACACAUUCUGCUCGAGUUUCCAAGAUUGUGCAGGUUCAGUUACUGUUGAAGUGUGGAUGGUUCGAGUUGAGCUCACUCUUGUGAGGUGCCAGAAGUUAAUGUGCUGCUAAGUGUAGUGUAACCAGUGUUACUGAGUUUUAUUGAUCAUGUUUAGAUUUCUGUUUGCAUUGUGAUUAAACCUCCGCUUGAGGCUGACUUCAUGCCCUUUGGGUGUCGCUAUGAUAUGCUUUCUGUCUCAUGACUGGAGAAAUUCCUUUUUGAAGUUAGCUUCAGACAGAAGAGUGUAGGGCUGGGAGCUUGGAUUCACCACUUCCAGCCUGUCAGUGUUUGUGUCUGUCUUAUACCUGUCAGUGUCUGAGACAAAACCAGUCGAUAUUUCAAUUGAGUAAUUUCCAUGAGACUAUUUGUGUCAGACCCAUAUUUUGUUUGUGUGCGUCCCUCGCAUGCUGCUCUCUCUCUGCUGCUUUUUCUGCUCAGUCUCUACAAUGCGUUUGACUUCCCUGCUACUACUCUUCCGCCCUGCACUGCCCCUCAUCCUGGGGCUAUCCUUGGGCUGCAGCCUGAGUUUGUUGCGAGUCUCCUGGAGUCAGGGAGAUGGGGAUGAGUCGUGCAUGGAUGCAGGGGACAGCAGGGGUCUGCCCCAUGACAACAGACGCCUGGAACCCGGAUUAGAGACCAGAGAGUUUGGUGACAACAAGGAGUAUGAACCCAGGAUUGUUCCUUAUUACAAGGAUCCCAACAAACCACACAAGAAGGUGCUGAGGACACGUUACAUUCAUACGGAGCUGGGAAUCCGCGAUCGAUUGUUUGUUGGUGUCCUGACGUCUAAGGCGACGCUGAACACCUUGGCUGUCUCUGUUAAUCGGACAGUGGCCCAGCACUUCAGCAGGCUGAUUUACUUCACUGGAUUUCGCAAUACCAAGAUCCCACACGGGAUGCAGAUAGUCUCCCAUGGAGAUGACCGGCCCGUGUGGCUGAUGUACCGGACCAUCCAGUACAUCUACGAGCAUUUUGGCAACGAGUACGACUGGUUUUACUUGGCGCAGGACAACACGUACACAGAGGCGGAACGCAUCAAGUCCCUCGUUUCUCACCUCAGCAUCGACAAGGACCUGUACCUGGGCCGGGCGGAGGAGUUCAUCGGUGGUGACCCGGACUCCCGAUACUGCCAUGGUGGCUACGGCUACGUGAUGUCACGGAGUGUCCUUGUCAAGCUUCAGCGGUACCUGGACAACUGUCGCAACGAGAUCCUGAGCGUUCGACCCGACGAGUGGCUCGGUCGCUGCAUCAUUGACUACAUUGGCAUCAGCUGUGUCGACAAACACAAGGAUGUGCGUUACCACUCCUUCCAACUCAGCAAGAACACAGACCCAGAUAAAGAAAACAGCAGAAAGUUCAGAAGGGCCUUUGCCAUUCAUCUGGUGUCAGACCCUAUGCUCAUGUACCGCCUUCAUCGCCGUUUCAGUGAGCUUGAGUUGGAAAGGACGUACCGGGAAAUCAGACAGCUGCAGGUGGAAAUUAAGAACCUGAGUAAGCUGACACCAGAGGGGGAAGCGGGAGCUUCCUGGCCGAUCGGCAUCAACCCGCCGUUCAAACCCAAGACCCGUUUUGAGGUUAUAAACUGGGAUUAUUUCACAGAGGAGCAGAUUUACUCGUGCGUGGAAGGAGCCCCAAAGUGUGAACUCCGUGGCAUCAACAAGGCGGACAUUAGUGACAUCAUAGAGACUGCGGUGCAGCAGCUGAACGAGAAAUACCAGCCCACGCUGCGCUUCCGCAAGAGGCAGCUUCUCAAUGGCUACCGCCGCUUUGACCCGACCCGGGGCAUGGAGUACACGCUGGACCUGAUGCUGGAAGCGCACACCCAGAAGGGCUACAGCCGGGCCAUUGCAAAGCGGGUCAGCAUGCUGCGGCCACUCAGCAGUGUGGAGAUCAUCCCCAUGCCUUAUGUGACUGAGGCUACCCGGGUUCAGGUGAUCCUCCCGCUGACCGUGCACGAGGAGGGCUAUGUGGGCAAUUUCCUGGAGGCCUACUCUAUGAACGCCCUGGACGUCCAUGAUAACAUGCUGCUAACUUUCCUCUUCAUCUACGACCCCUUUGAUGCACAGCGCGUGAGCCAGAACGAUGUAUUUGCGGGUGUCAAGUCAGCCAUAGCCGAGAUCGAGAAGCGGUAUUCUGACGUGAAAAUCCCGUGGAUCAGUGUCAAGACAGAUGUUCCUUCCCAGAUUAAGAUCAUGGACAUCAUCUCUAAAAAGCACCCUGUAGACACUUUGUUUUUCAUUGCCGGUGUCUGGACUGAGAUCAAUGGCGAGUUUCUCAAUCGCUGCCGGAUGAAUACCAUCAACAACUGGCAGGUCUUCUUCCCCAUCCACUUCCAAGAGUAUAACCCCGCCAUCAUCUACCGGGAGCAGCAGACCCCUUCUUCUGCCGAGUUCCUGAAGGAUGGCCAUUUUGACAGGCGAGUCUUCAGUGAGGCCUGCUUCUUCAACUCGGACUACAUGGCGGCCCGGACCAAGAUGGCCGCCGACAUCCUGGACAACGACGAGAUGCUAGAGAACAUGGAGGUGUACGACGUGUUCAUCAAGUACUCGAGCCUGCACGUCUUCCGGCCGGUGGAACCAGCCUUGGUGCAGAAGUACACCCACCGCACGUGCAACCCACGGCUGAGCGAGGAGGUAUACCACCGCUGUGUUCUCAGCAACCUGGAGGGACUGGCCUUGCGCUCCCAGCUGGCCUUGGCUAUGUUUGAGCAAGAGCAAGCCAACAGCACUUAGACUUGACAUUGUUAUGAGGGGUGCUCCGGCACUGAACUGUACGCAGUAUUUUAUGUGAUGUUGGGAACUGAUAGUAGUUGUCAGUUAGGCGCAGCAUUUAACCUCUGGGAUCUCCAAUCAAAUCCAUCCCUCUUCACACAAAGAGUAGUGGAAAUCUGGAACGCUCUCCCACCCACACACACAAACCGGGGUUCAAUUGAUAAUUUCAAAACUAAGAUUAAUAGAUUUUCCUUGGCAAGGUUAAUUAAGGCCUUUGGAACCAGGGCAGACAGAUGGAGUUACCAUAAAGAUCAGCCAUGAUCCCACUGAAUGGUGGAACAGGCUCCUAGAGUGAAAAUCUCUGCUGCCUGUAAAGAUUUGGAAGGUCGGGCGGUUGCAAUCCGGGAAGGUUUUUACUUCUCCCACAAUCUGCAGACCUUUAUAACCCAAAUUUAGCAUAAUCUCCCACUUUUUAUCUUUUAUCAUUCCCUCAGGCCUGGUGAUUAUGCUGCAUUAGGGUCUUUAGUUGUGGAAGCUUUCGUCAGUGUCUCAACAAUGCUGAACUUGACAUGACGUAGUCCACUCUCCAGUGCGAACAUCUCUCAAGUCAGUGAACAAAAACAUUUUUCAGGAAGUAAGAUGGGGAGAAUUGGAAGCCAAUCCCAGAUGAAGUGACAGAUUGCCUGUUGACACUCCCUUUCAGCAAAUUCACUGAAGUCUAAGCAAAACAUUCAGCAAAUAUUUUAUAUUCAAUAAGAGAUUUGAAAAAGCACCCAACAGCUUGGGCUGACAAGUGGCAAGUAACACUCACACCACACAAGUAUCAGGUAAUGAUCAUCUCCAACAAGAGAGAAUCCAGCCAUCACCCCUUGACGUUCAGUGGCAUUAUCAUCACUGAAUUCCC